UCCCACAGGCACCAGGCACCAGGCCACCUCUCCUCCACCACUCCACGUCGCGGCUUCCUUCCUUCCUCCUCUCCCACCAGGCACCACCCACGGAGAGACUGAUGAUACCUUCCUCCCCAAACGAGAUCGUGCUCUGGACCUGACGCCGACGGCGAGCCUCACCUCACCUCCGCCGCUGCCUUCGAUCCCAAUCCGAGAGUGCACACAGAAAUAUUAGGAGAAGCUCGUCGAAUAAAUUAAGCCGUGAUUUUCCAUUUAUUUCCUCCCGGAUAUUUCAACAAUGCGGAGGUUCAAUCCUUUUGGAGGGAAAGUGCAGAAUGGAUUGGAGGGCCGCACAAUUGAUAUAGGGAAUGUGAAGAUUACCGUACGCAAUGCCAUCGCACAAGGAGGUUUCUCUUGUGUAUAUCUGGCAUGUGACACAUUGCAUUCAUCAAAGCAGUAUGCAUUGAAGCACAUCAUCUGCAAUGACUUGGAAUCACUUGAUCUCGUCAUGAAGGAGAUCCAGGUGAUGAAUGUCCUCAAAGGGCAUGCUAAUGUUGUCACACUGGUUGCCCAUGAUGUUUUUGACAUGGGCCGCACAAAGGAGGCACUACUUGUGAUGGAGUUUUGCGAGAAGUCCUUGGUAAGCGCAAUGGAAAGCAGAGGUACUGGUUACUAUGAGGAGAAGAAGGCACUUCUGAUAUUCAGAGACGUUUGCAAUGCAGUAUUUGCCAUGCAUGCGCAGUCACCACCAAUUGCACAUAGGGAUCUGAAAGCUGAAAAUGUUCUUCUUGGAUUAGAUGGUGCGUGGAAACUAUGUGAUUUUGGAAGCACAUCAACGAAUCAUAAAUGCUUCGACAAGCCAGAAGAUAGGGGGAUUGAGGAAGAUAUCAUUAGGAAGCAUACAACCCCGGCAUAUAGGGCCCCUGAGAUGUGGGAUCUCUACAGAAGAGAAGUUAUUAGUGAGAAAGUUGACAUUUGGGCCCUGGGAUGCCUUCUCUAUAGAAUAUGCUACUUCAAAUCUGCAUUUGAUGGAGAGUCCAAGUUGCAGGUGCUUAAUGGCAAUUAUCGUAUUCCAGAGCAACCGAAGUACAGCACCGCUGUGACGGGGUUGAUCAAAGAUAUGCUCGAAGCCUCUCCAAAUGCCAGACCAGAUAUCACGCAGGUCUGGUUUCGUGUUAAUGAACUACUACCUCUUGAGUUACAGAAAAGUUUACCCGAUGGUGGUUCAUCGGCCAUUUCUAUGAGUUUGCAAGACGAAGGUGCUCAUAGAAGAAACCAUGUGAUGCCUAGAAGGAACCCUCCUCCACCUCCAAGAGAACAAUCUGAUAGUUCAGUAUCUUAUGGAAGCUCAAAUGCAGGAGAUGCACCUCUUGGUGCAUUUUGGGGGACACAACAUGCUCAAGGUUCUCAAGUAACUGAUGAUAGGAAUCCUUUGUUUGACGAGGAACCAAUUAAACCACCACCUUCAUCAAAGUAUAACCAAAGCAGGAUGGAUAUCAGUACCAGUACCCCUGGAGAUAAGCAUGGCCAUUCUGGUCAGGCUUCGCGAAGUACAAGGAACUUUGUAUCCAAUAAUGGACUUAUGGGUAGUUCAGGCACAAAUCUUUUCAUGGAAUCACAAAGCUCUGUGAAAAAUAAAGUAUCACAACCUGAAAGCAAACCAAAAUCUGGUAAAGAUCCCUUCAACAGCUUUGUCGCUGACUUUGAUGCAAACAAUCUGCAUUUGGGGACUACUGCUACUGGUAAGACAUCUGAGCUUGAAGCUGAAGUGUCCAGUCUGAAGGAGCAGUUGAAAAAGACCACACUGGAGAAGGCUGAGAUGACAGCCAAGUAUGAAAAGCUGUCCGCAAUCUGCCGCUCCCAGCGCCAGGAGAUUCAAGAGCUGAAGCGUACUGUUGCUGAGACUACACCGCCUCCUUCAAUUAAAGUCAGCUCAAGGAUACCAGAAUCUGGAUCACAGGUUCUUACUCUCGGAAGGAGAAGAUUGAAGGAACGGUGUGGGAGCUUGAGCAGGGAAUGCUUGCAGGCAAGUCGUCGUUACCCAGCUCUGAGGCCAAGACAUGGCAGGCAUUCCCCGAGGCAAAAGUUCAGGCCAGACCAAAGGUCGACCAUGCGACUAAUGGGAGGCAAAACCUAACUAGGAAUACCAAUGCGGGGCCUUCCCCUGAUGCGUGGGGUUUUGGCCCAGAUAGUUUCGGCAUGCCAUCGGGGAGCACUGCUGCUGCAGCACAGAUCAACAGGACCAGUGCCCAGGGGAGUUCCUCCCAGAGAUUCAGCACAGGGGCAGCGAAGAAAGUAGAUCAACCAUCUGGGUGGGCUGGAUUCUAGCCUCUCAUCAACGCAUGCAAUAAUCUGAGGUUCUCGUUUCGGAUUGCAGACUGCACCUACCAGAGUCAGUUGCAAAUGGAUGAGGCGAGUUGUGAUUCCUGCAUGCCCAAAAUUGGUUUAUUUGAAGUGUGUUCAUAGCGGGCUGAGCCGACCUGGACAUAGGUCUUCUGCAGUCGUUUGCCCAUUACCUUGUUAAUAAACCUCUAUAUGUUUAAGUAUGUAUAUUCACGUGUACCUUCUAAGAAUGUGGAAUUGUCACAAACACAAACAAAACUUUUUGGUCACAUGAGGCAGGGCAAAAGGUUGCUCGCCGCAUGUAAAGCACUGCGAAUUAAUUCCGCCA